CCCAGCAGAGCCGCCAUGUUCUAUCAACGGUGCUGGUCAGAGGAGAAAGUCACAACGUAGCCUGUCUGCCGCACGGAACUGUUGUCUACGCGUCUGUUUCUCAGCCGGGCCUUUCAACUUGCGCGCUUCCGACCAUAGAGUUUACACGUGCGGAGCAGAGCGGCUACGAGUUUCCGGGUGAUUGUCGCGUUCUAUGGUGAGGUUCAGGAGAACGGAGAGCCGUUGUUGAAGCAUCAGUCGCAGUAAGAAUCCCCGACGGUUUGAAUACAGACAACUACCACCAUGUCUAUUGGAGUGCCAAUUAAAGUUCUACAUGAAGCAGAGGGCCAUAUUGUGACUUGUGAGACCAAUACGGGUGAAGUCUACCGGGGGAAGCUCAUUGAGGCUGAGGACAAUAUGAACUGCCAGAUGUCCAACAUCACAGUGACCUACAGAGAUGGGCGUGUGGCACAGUUAGAGCAAGUGUACAUUCGGGGAAGCAAAAUCAGGUUUCUCAUCUUGCCAGAUAUGUUGAAAAAUGCUCCAAUGUUGAAAAGCAUGAAGAACAAAAACCAAGGUUCUGGAGCUGGAAGAGGCAAAGCAGCUAUUCUCAAAGCCCAGGUGGCUGCAAGAGGAAGAGGCCGUGGAAUGGGGCGUGGCAACAUUUUCCAGAAGCGAAGAUAACUUUGGACUGUGUCUUUCCUUGGUGAAUUAAAAACUGUUGGAAGAUAAUUGUGUUAUGUGUUCCAAUAAAUGUGUUUCUUAGAAAAUGGUAA